AUGAAGAAGGUCGGGCUAGUCGCUCCUUUCCUGGCAGCCAGCGUGUCUGGUCGCCACAACGGCCUCAAGGCUCGCGAUGUGGUCAUCGUGGACCCCAAUGGCUUCUGCUGUCCUGCUCCAGUGACAGUGGCACUUCAGCCAGCAUACUACAGCACCGUCAUCUAUUCUUCGACAAAGUAUGAUCCCUGGGGAUAUGGCAAGUGGCACACCGUUGAGAAGGAGCAGUGCCCUUACACGGUGGUCACUUCCACCACGCUCACGUCCACGAUUACGGGCUCGCUGCCUGCUAACUGUCCUUCUUCGACAUUGACGACAUCCAGCUCCAGCAGCACGACAUCGUCGGCAGUUACGAACAGCCUGGGUCCAAUAUUGCAGAGUACUUCGAGUUCCUCCUCGUCUUCUUCGUCCUCCUCGACCUCCUCGGCGACCUCCUCGGCCUCCUCGGUGUCCAACACGCUGGGACCGAUUCUGCAAAGCACCUCGACUUCUUCCUCAUCUGCGUCGUCAGCUUCCUCAACAUUCACAACAGCAAAUGCCACCAGCAUCACUAUUGCGUCCACCGCGUCAACUGCAUCAACCGCGUCAACCGCGUCAACUGCGACCGCCUCGGCCAGCGCCUCAGCCUUCUACUUGGCGUACACUGACCUGACGCCCGUCGCGAAACGAGACGAGCCGCACAAGGUUAAGCGGCAGUUCCUGCCAGGCCAGACUGGCGUGCCUGCCGUUCUUGUCGACCUGGCUACCAACCCUGCUGUGCCGCAAGGAAACUCGGUUCCCGAAAACCGCUGUAACGAAGCUACAUUGUUGACUCUGGUCAGCGGAAAACUUUCCAUAGCUGGAAGCACCACUGCCAUUGCGAAGAAGCAGGGAGAAACACAGCCUGUCUUCGGCACUCUGAUUCAACCCGCUGCCAAUGAUGUCAGUGGUACCUUCAGUCUGAAUGCUGGUGUCCUCGCCUGGGUCUCGGACGACGGUCUGGGUCAGGCCGCUUUCUACGCCUGUGCCAGCGGCAUCUUCGCUGGCUUUCCCACAUUCGCUGGUGAUGGCUGUGUUGCAGUUCAGGUCCAAACUUACUCCCUUGGACAGUGCACACCCGGCGGCAACACUACAUCUACGACCUCUACGUCGGCCUCUACUUCUGCUUCUUCCGCUGUGACUGCCACUCCAUCCACCACCACCAGCAGCAGCAGCAGCAGCAGCGAGACCACCACUACCACUACCGUGGCUACUAGCGACUCUUCAAGCUCUGUGUUCUCGACCAUUGCUCCCUUUGCCAAUACUACUUCGAGCACGACGACGACCUUCAACUCCAACGAUGUCAACUCUGGUCUGCAAAGUACGACGGUCAGCUCUUCUAGCUCUUCGUCGACCGACUCCAGCACGACGACGACCACAACCACGACGAGCGCAACUGUUGCAGCCAGCUCGAGCACGACCGACUCAAGCUCAACGAGCUCAAGCACAACUGAGUCAACCUCAACCAGCUCAAGCACAACUGAGUCAAGCUCAACCAGCUCAAGCACGACUGAUUCGAGCUCAACCAGCUCAAGCACGACUGAUUCGAGCUCCCACUACAAGCACCCCAGCGAGCUCAUCGGAGUCGUCAUCGGCGUCAAGCUCAACAGAUUAGCAUGUGUCGCCAACCUCCCAGCGGCCUGCGCCAGCCUCUCGCUCCUGAACGGUAUCGACCUUCAAAUCGCCGCCGCCAGCUGCCAGAUCGAUGUCCUUGCUGUUCUCAAUGUCGCCACCUUGCCUGCCUCCCUCAACUGCCUCCUCGCAUCCAACGUACUCACAGAGACGGGUCCACAAGUCGCUGCCUGCAUCGCCAACUCAGGCCUCUUGUGUGCCGCCCCACCCACUACCGUCUCCACCUCCAUCAGUGCUUCCGGUACCUCCUCCGGCUCCGUCACCAGCCCAACGGGCAUAGCCGACUUGUGCCUCACGGUCCUCCCAUCCGCAUGCUCCAACCUCAUCAACUUCAACGGCGCGCUCCUACUCACCAAUGCAGUGGCUUGCACAACCAGCUUGACUGCCUUCGAGAACGCAGGCCAGUUGUCUGACGCUAGAGUGCUGGCGGCGGCGAAUUGUGUUGCGGCCUCGGCUGUCACGCUGACGAACCCGAACCCGUUGGGCAGCACUUUGGUGCAGUGCCUCGACACCGCGGUGCUCUGCCCUUGA